AUGGUUUCGGCCAAGCACGUGGUCAAAGAAGGUAAGUUUGACAGUGUUCUUGGAGACCGAAAGUUUGCCUUCAACACAGAUGCUCGCGAGUACUGUGUGUCGAACACUGGCCAGCUAUAUCCAGAGUAUAUGUGCCUGUACUCCCGACAAGAUCCACAAAAUUCACAAAAGCCCGGCUGGCAGUCCGAGUCUGGCGGAACGACUUCUUGA